CCUAGCUGCCGACACUACUCCAGCUGAGAGGAAGCGACGCGAGGAAAACAGAACAGAUGAGGUCCAGGAUUGACAGUAAAAUGUGUUGGAGCCGGGUCCUUGUCACCGGCUGGGCUCUGCUGCUGGUCCAGCUGCUGUGUUCAGAGGCAGUGCCCAUCAGUAUGGAUAAGACAAAAGUCCAACAGCCAGAGAUUAAAACUGAAGAGGUUCCAGCUAGUGUGGAUACUGGACUCCACUACGACCGCUACCUCAGGGAAGUCAUUGAUUUUCUGGAGAAAGAUCAGCACUUCAGAGAAAAGCUCCACAACACAGACAUGGAAGACAUCAAGCAAGGUAAGCUGGCCAAGGAGCUGGACUUUGUCAGCCAUCAUGUCAGAACAAAACUGGAUGAGCUGAAGAGACAGGAGGUGAGCCGACUCCGAACUCUGAUUAAGGCCAAGCAAGACCUUGAAGGAGGGAAUGACAUCGCAGUGGAUCACCAGGCUCUGCUGAAACAGUUUGAGUACUUGAACCACAUGAACCCGCACACGUUUGAAGUGGAUGACCUGGAUCGGCUCAUCAAAUCGGCCACUAAAGAUCUGGAGAACUACGACAAAGAGCGACACGAGGAGUUCAAGAAGUAUGAAAUGAUGAAAGAGCAUGACAGGAGGGAACACCUGAAAACACUAGACGAGGACGAAAGAAAGAAAGAGGAAGAGCACUACGAGGAGAUGAGGAAGAAGCACGCUGACCACCCGAAAGUCAACCACCCGGGUAGCCAGAAUCAACUAAAAGAGGUGUGGGAGGAAGCUGAUGGCUUAGACCCUGAGGACUUUGACCCCAAGACCUUUUUCAACCUGCAUGACACCAAUGGAGAUGGCUUUUUUGAUGAACAGGAGCUGGAGUCAUUGUUCACCAAAGAGCUGGAAAAAAUCUACGACCCCACCAAUGAAGAGGAUGAUAUGGUGGAGAUGGAGGAAGAGAGGCUACGUAUGAGAGAGCAUGUUAUGAAUGAGGUGGAUUCUAACAAGGACAGGCUGGUCUCUUUAGAUGAGUUCCUAGUUGCUACGAAGAAAAAAGAAUUCUUGGAGCCAGAUAGCUGGGAGACCCUAGAGCAGAACCAGGCUUACACAGACGAGGAGAUGAGGGAGUUUGAGGAGCAUCUUGCUCAGCAGGAGCAGGACCUCAACGAGAAGGCCUUUGACCUCCAGAAACAGAGAGACGAGCUGGAGAGGCAGCAGGAGCAGCUUAAUGCACAGAAAAUAGAGCUGCAGCAGGCAGUCGAGCAUAUGGAACGGCUGAAAUCACAGAAAGUAGAGCCCCCUCCAGAGGUUCACGUUGAAGGAAAUGCUAUUCCAGAGAUGCACGCAAUCGACGACCAGUUACAUCAUGAACAAGAGGCCCAAGCACAAGGACAUCAUCAACCUGAACACCAGGUUCCUCAGUAUUCACCCCAGGAACACCAUGAACAACAACAACAGCAGCAGCAAGAUCCGGCACAGCAUGGUCUCCCCCAGGCACACCAGGAUCUACCACCAGGUCACCAAGAAGCUGUACAAGAGCUGCAUAACGUGCCAUAACAAUGCUGUCAGAACUCAAACCUCCACAACCAGACUUUUGCAGCACCUCCACUCCAGCGUGCAGAGGAGCGGUUCCUUCUGAGUAUUAGGCCUCUUUAACCAGCAUGACUUAGAGGUUUGGAGGACACAUGAGAUGAAGGAGAGCAGCACAAAAGGAAUCCCUGCUGAAUGAAACCGGCGUUUGAUAAUAACUGUAAUCCUCUGAUUACAUAACGGAUUUACAAUAGCAACAUGACCAACCAAGGACGUGCAUCCUACAAUAUGCAUACUUUUACAUUUUCAAGGAGUGUUGGAUUACAUUACAAAUGAUCAAGAAUGUUUGGUGAUACAAUUAUACAAAAACAAUAUUUUGGUGAGCUUUCUUGACCUGCUGUACAGGACCUCUGAUCAAUGACAUGCCACUAGCUCUACAACCUGAGCCUGUUGGAUAUGUACAGUGCAGCUGUUGAUGGGGGUAAGGUGUAAAAAGUAAUUUAAAUUUUAUCAUUUUGAGUUUGACUUGACUAUCAAGAAACCCCUGCAAAUUCGUAGUAGCUGCGACCAAGUACGCGCAUGCAUCCACAUGUCCCUUGUUGCCAAUCGCCACAGACAAGUGAUCCGCUGUCCUUUGAGUCAUGACAGAUCUUUCCACAAAAUCUUGGGCAAUCUAUUUGGAAGUCACACCUUUUCUGCGAUAGGCAUUUCCCAUUGCCACCCUCCUUGUGAGCCAAUUGGCAUGAAUGCAAACACACACUCCAAAAUGCGAAAUUUUAAUCUCUUCAGGCACAAACUUGCGCCAAGAAAAGGGUGGGAACAUUUUGGAGGGAUGAGCGGGAUAUAGAGCUGCUGGCUGCAGCUAAAAAAGAUUUUAGUUUACAUGUGUGACCUGUGGUGAAAUUUCACUGGACUGUAUCAAACAUUUUAGAAAAUGAGUGCAAGAGACAUUUUUAAGAUUUUCUAUUAUUACAAUUACAACAUUAAUGACACUAAAAGGAUUAAGAGGCACUGUAGAAAUGAUAACCAGGAUACAGCACUUGAUUCCCCAACCAGAACCAUUUCACUUGAAGGGGUAAAAGUCUUCUUGAUGCAGACACGUACAUGUCAAGUAUCAUGUAUCAUAUUCAGCCGCCACUGUCACCAAAUAUUACAAUGUUUUAACCAGAAACGCCCUCCUGAAGCCAGACUGCUCUGUCUUUAUACUUCUGUCGAGACUUACCAAUACUUGUGCUACUUUCUUACUCUGGUUGCUUUCAUAACCGGUCAGCUGUUUACCUACCAUGUAACAUCAUCGUUUCAUGUGCAUGGUCUAAGAGUUUUCUUAGAAAAUGUGUGCUCUGCCCAAACAGACAUCGGGUACAGGAACACAGACACUGGUCAUUUUUAGGUCACACUGCAGCUGCUCUCCACUGACCUUGAUGUCAAAAUAAAUUAAGGUGCUAGGUUCUUUAAAUAAAGAUAGGCGUAAACACCUCUUGCUUCAACAAAUAUUUCCCCCACGUCAUCACAGCCCAAAGUCCUGCAGAUGUUUACAUGAGAGUUUUAGGUCUCUGUAAGUAUGUCGGACUUGUGAAAUAAUACAUUUGCGUUGGUACACUUAACAGUAGGAUGGGCAUUUUGAUUUUGGUCGAUUGCUCACACACACAAAGUAUGCGUUGAUCUUAAUUUAUCAUGAGUUUUAAUUUGUGUAACAUUUGCUGUAGAAAACCCCUUUUUAUAAAUCAAGAUAUAGACUUUUAGUCCUGUGUCAACAAGCAUGUUUUCGCGCAAUUUCCUUCAAAGUAUUUUGUUGAAGCAACUGCUGGAUUUUGUUCGUUUAUCUUAAGAAUUGAUCAGGUUAAAGGGCAAAGUGCUGAGUCGGUAAGAGUUAAUAUUACCACUGUCUUUUUAUUGUCUUGGUUAAUAUUGUCUGUUAAAGUCAAAGUGUGGUAUCAUGAAAAAUUUGCGUUAAUUUCACAUAAUUGUAUUUGGCAUCCGAUGUGUAUUACUUGCUCCUAAUUUGACUAACAUGGCAUGGCAUAUUUCCCCAUAAAUUACCAGUUUGGUGUAACUGCUGUGCUAUCUAGGUUGCUUUUUUUUCCAUGUAAUGUGGUUUCUUCUAGCUGGCAGACAGGUGUUGACUUAUUGCCACUUUUUACUGAAGAAGACUUCAUUCUCAUCCAGUGAGGUAACAGAUCUGCCAUAUUGUGGUUUUUACUUAAUACAGAAUCUAGAUAUGGCAUACAUAUUUUUCUUUUCAUUGCAGUGUCAUUUGUUUCCUGUGUGCCAAAUGUUUCUUUGAGGUAAAAUUGCAUCAUAAUUUGCACAAAAUGUACAGAUUGUUUUCCCAAUCGCUUGCUGCUGGAUAAAAUAGUCACUUGACAAAACUGUACACCUCAGUUCAAGAUAAUAAAACAGUUACGACCUUUCA